GGUGCUCCGCAGCUGUCAGAGCCUCCUGGAGCCGGCGGGCCGCCUCGGCCCCGAGAGACCCCGCCAUGGUCCGCGCGGGCGGCGUGGCGGCUCACCUGCCGACGUCCGGCUUGGACAUCUUCGGGGACCUGCGGAAGAUGAACAAGCGCCAGCUCUAUUAUCAGGUCUUAAACUUCGCCAUGAUCGUAUCUUCGGCACUCAUGAUCUGGAAAGGUUUGAUUGUCCUUACCGGCAGCGAGAGCCCCAUCGUGGUGGUGCUGAGUGGCAGCAUGGAGCCAGCCUUCCACAGGGGAGACCUCCUGUUCCUCACAAAUUUCCGGGAAGACCCAAUCAGAGCUGGUGAAAUUGUUGUUUUUAAAGUUGAAGGACGAGACAUUCCAAUAGUUCACAGAGUAAUCAAAGUCCACGAAAAAGAUAAUGGAGACAUCAAAUUUCUGACAAAAGGAGAUAAUAAUGAAGUUGACGACAGAGGACUGUACAAAGAAGGCCAGAACUGGCUGGAAAAGAAAGAUGUGGUGGGAAGAGCCAGAGGGUUUUUGCCGUAUGUUGGCAUGGUCACCAUCAUAAUGAACGACUACCCCAAAUUCAAGUAUGCUCUGUUGGCCGUGAUGGGCGCGUACGUGUUGCUAAGACGUGAGUCCUAGGAUGGGAAGCAGUUCCUGGAUCUGACGGACAUGGACUGUGUUGAAGAAGAGAAAAGCUAAUAUAUUGGAAAUGUUCCUGUGUAAAAGGAAACCACGUGGAGACGUUUCUUGUCUUGGCUAAAUAAAUGAUUCAUCAGUAAA